GACAGGGGAGGCCUCAGGGACACAGUGGCUUUCCUCUGGGGACUGAGGUCCUGCUCCAGGCCAGCAGGUUCCCCCUUCCCUGCCCAUCCCAGGCCCUGCUCCCAGGGCUGCCGUGGUCACUGAUGGGAGCAAGGGACACAGGGGACAGUCCAGGUGUCUGCAGGCUGCCUGCAGGGUGAACUCAGGCGUGACCAGCAGGGGCUGGUGUGAACCAUCGGAGCGAAAGAGGGGAUGAAUCCUCCAAACAUGAAAUACAUUUCAGUCUCUUCCCCCCACACUUACGCCAGCAACAACAUCCACGUCCCUCCAAAAAUCCUCGUGCCACCCGUCUUCCAACCUGCCAGCUGGGAAAGGGAAAGGAGCUCUGCCUCCAGUGCUGAGGAUUCCCAGGAUUCCGACUGGGAGAGCCUGGAAAAGGAGAGGCAGCGCCAGCUGGAGCUCCAGCAGAGGAUCCUGCAGAACCAGGAGCUGGGAGGGCAGGAGGCAGGUGACAUCCUGGAGGAUGACAGCUUGGAUGAGGACAGCUUGGAGGAGAUGAGUUCUGAAGAGAAAGGAGCUGAGCACGACACAAGAAAGAAAAGAGAACCAAAGAUUCAUGGCAGUGGAAGGAAAAAACUGCCUGUGGACAAAUAUUCCAGCCUGAGGUACAAUCCUCAUUGGAAGAGGGCAAAAAAGGGAGCAGAUUUUUUUGAGGCAGAGAAGGCAUCCCAAAUUUUUGGAGGAAGCAGUGGGGACUUUUCACUGGAUUCAUUUUAUCUCCAUUCCGAUGGCUCCUCAGAAAAUAACCAACAGGAGGCAAAGACCCAGGAUUCACCCCCAGAGUUCGGUCCAGAAUUAUUCAGCUUUCAUGGAGGAGAUGUGGCCAGCAACAAACCUGUUGAGCCACAAGCCAAAAGGGAGGAACCUGCGGAUGGUUUUCAUUCCAAAAAUAAUCCUGGCCACGCUUUUCCUCCUCAGAAUCAACAGGAUCCACCCCAAAGAGCAAAAAAAAACUUUGUGAGAAAAAAUAAGCGGACUUUGGGGUUACAGUCAGAGAGGAUGAAUUCCUAUCUUGAGCUGCACAAUAAAAAGCAGCAAGUUCUUCAAGGGCAGGAGCAGCACGAGUCCUUGCAGAGACACGAAGCAGAGUCCGGGCAGCCUCUCAGGGGCAGAGCUCUCCCACGGAGGAAUGGCCAGGAACCCCCAGGAGCAGCAGCAGCAGCAGAGCCUUCGAUCCACCAGCAAAUCCCAAAAGCAUUCCAGGCUGCUCCCCCUGCAGUGGGGCAGGAUCCCAGCUCAGCCCUGCACCCAAGUUCUUCUCUUGGCCCAGCAGGAAAACCCCAGAGUGGCUUAAAUAAUUGCCCAAAUUCAGUCCUUACCACGCCUAAUUAUCAUUUUCUCCCAAUAUUCCAGAAUUUUUACCCACCAGAGGUUUUAAAUCCCGAAUAUCCCAGGAAGGAGGACAAGGAAUCCCAGCACGGCUCUCCAGCUGGAAUUCCACAUGGAUUCCCAGCCAGUGCCAUCCCUGGGCAGCAUUUUGCCAGGAAUAGCAGCAGCAGUGGCCAGACACAGCCAGAAUUGGGGAAUAUUUCAGCUGAUUUUAAUGCCAUUUUUCAAGAAGGGGAGGUGAAGGAUCAAGCACCGCUUGCGGAUUUCAAAAAUCACAUUCAUGAGGACAACAGCUCCCCAACAGCUGCUUGUAGGAUCUCCCAUUUCACAGAAAAGAAGGAGCAGCAUCGGCCAAGAAUUUCUGAUUUCGAGGACGCUUUUGCUGGCACGUGGCUGUGGGGUUUGUUCCCACCUGCCCUGCCCCAGGAGCGGAGGGGCUCACAGGGAGAUUCAGGGAAAGCUGAAGGAAAUCCAAGGAAAAUGAGACGAAGCAGCUCAGAAGGGUCUCUCCUGCAAAGGGAAAAGCAAAACCAGCCCAAAGGCAGCAAGAAGCUGGGUAGCUCCAAAUUCUACUUCAAUCUCAGUAUGAAGCUUGGAGGCCUUGGACCUGACUACGAAACAAUCAAAGAGAAAAAAGAAAAGCUAAAGCUGCAGAAGGAAUAUUCCAGGCAAAUUAAGGAAUACAACAUGAAGAAUAUUACUGUGGUUCAGAGGCUGCCUGCAAAGCCCCAGGUGUCUUCAGUGUCCAGACAGAAGGCUCUGGAAUAUGCCAAGAAGAUUCCAAGACCAAAGACUUUCAUAGCGAGGCAAUCGGAGCAGGAGCUGAAGGAGCCUCUGCCCCAGGCUGCAGCUGAACCCAGGUUACCCAAAAUCCCAUCCCUGGAAUCUUUGUGGAGCAGGCACGAGAAGGAGAAGGAAGUUGUGGCUGCUUUUGAAGCCCUUCACAUCUUAUAGGUAUUUGGGAAAUCUCAGGGAUCGAGGCAAAAAUGCCUGAACUGGUUUAUUUUCAGCUGUGACCGUCGCAUCUUCAUUUCCCAGUCUGCUGAAAUUUAAACUGGUUUAAGUUUAAUUAUUUUUGAAUGUUAGAAUUGGUUCUAAUUGUUCUACUUGUACCUAUUUCGUUUAUUAAAUGGAACCAUUUGCAUUUAUAGCAUUUUAAAUAUAGUGCUC